AUGACACAAUCAACCAGAAUACCAAUUUUAUCCUACUCCCGUUUCAACAGCAUUGUUGAAGCACCAUUGGGAUUUCAAAGUAUAAUUAACCCUAUAGAUAAACAGAAUUGGUCACAUUACAGAGAAAAUACAGAUAUUUAUAUGAGAAUAGAUGUGUUUCCAAAUUUAUCAGUAAAACUGGAGAUUAUGCUAGAUAGUAUUGGGGUGACAGAACAAAUAUUUUUCCCUAUAAUGCAGAACCGAGAACUGAUACAAUUCACAACUCUUAAUCCGACAAUUUCAUGCAAAUAUUUGGUAAGAUCAAAUGAUACAAUAUAUAUGAAACGAUUUCAAGUGGUUUUGAAUAACGAAGAGAAUUAUCAGAAAAUCAUACAGAAUUUAAAUAAAUUUGGAUGUUUGAUCAAAAAUGCAAAAUUUCAAGCACCUAAACCGCUGCCACCGAUGAACUAUAUAAAUAACAUCAGAGGACCCAGCUUCGCAACUUUUGAUAACCGCCAAAUAAAUAACCAGAUUCGUAGCACUUUAAAAAUGUCUCAAAUGUUAAGGAAUAACACUCUGGAACAUGUUACUUCGUUGCCUGCAGAAGAUUUAUUAAAGGAUAAUAAAGAGUCAAACGAUAAUUUUGGUUUGUUGGAAACCCAACAACUUGUAAUCAACGAAGCAGAAACAAGUACAGUUAAUAAUUUUGAAAGCAUAAAACAUUCCCCUCCAAGUGAUUUAAAAAUUAAUAACUUUGUCACGGAACCGAACCUAAUCAAAACACCUCUUAUGGAUCAAAAUAUUAACAAUGAAACGAUUGACGAAAACUUAAGUAAAAUCGGGACCUCCCCUAAAUUAAAUAAUCAGGACACAACAGAAAACACUGGUAGUAUUAUUAAAUUCACUGACUGCAUUAAAGGACCAAAAGUUGCAAGUGAAAAUAUUACUAAAUCUAACUUAUCAAAGAACAAAUAUCAUAUUAGCAAAACUACAGUUUUAAAAAAAAUAAAAGAUCCGUCUUUUAUGUUAUAUGUUGACCGACUUGAAAAUAUUUUGGGGGAAUUAUUAAAAGAAUAG